AUGUGCUAAGAGUAAAAUGAGAAGAAUGAGGAAAUGUUGAAAUAAUUAUAAUAAAGUUUGGUAUAAGUAAAUGCUUUAUUAGAAGUAGGUUUAGUAAUUCUCUUAAUCACUGACAUUCUCAACAAUUUAUAAGAAUAGUAAUUGUUCAGUUACUUAAAAUGGAAAACUUAUUGAAACAAGUUAAUAUGGUUGGUAAUGUUGUAUGUGUGAUUAAAUGAUCCCUAAGAAUGGUCUGAUCUAAUUUGCUAUUAAAAUUAUUGAAUUAUCUAGCAUUAUGAUAGGAAUUGGUUUUAGGGAUAUUGUGUAGAGUAGGAAUUAUGGUUAUUGUUAUGAUAUUGGAUAAGGGUAUAUUUAUGAUAUUAAUAGAAUCAAAAUAGAACAUAUAAUAUUUAUAAUAAUGGUGAAUGUUAUAAUCAUGAUUAAUAAGAUAAAAAUAAUAAAUAAAUAGCAUUUCCAUUUUCAACAAAUGAUAUUAUAAUUGUUGAAGUGGAUAUUCAAAAGAAGUACGUGAAAUGGACAAAGUAAUCCACAAAUCAAUCAUUUGUAUCAAUUUCUAUUUAUUAUUAUUAGACUCUCAAUAUUGAUACAUCCAAAGAUUUGUAUCCAUGUGUACAUUUACAUAGUAGAUGUAAAGUAGAGAUAUUAAAUUAAGUGUUUAAAUGA